AUGUCAUAUGUAGUAGAGAAGAAUCCUAGGGACCUCCAUCGGCGAGCCAUGAACAACGCUCAUCCCCCGCUCCACGGCGUCGGCUUCGAUCGCGACCGUGAGCGCGAACGCGAACUCGACGAGCAGCGAAAUCGGGUUAUCCACCACCAGCAGGAGGAGACAGCCCUCCGCGAACGCGAGCAGCGGGAACAGGCUGAGCGUCACCAGCGGGAGGCAUACUCCGGCCCUCUGCCUCCACAGCAGCAGCAGCAGCCCGGCCCGCCUCACCACAACUCUGCCGGCUCCAUCCCGAUCCACCAGCCGGUCGCGUCUCGUAUUGCCGGUGCCAUCCACAGCCCAAAUGGCCUCCUGGCUAACCACGGUGGUGGUGCAGGCAAUGCGCCGCCUCCGCCUCCGCCAGGCCAGCUGGGCGGUCCGCCGCCGCAGUCCGGAGGUGUUUCGGGAUACGGUGGCCCGCCGCCCUCAAUGCACUCGGUGGGUGAUCAGGGCCGUCCACACCCCUCGCAGCAGCAGCAGCAGCAGCAGCAGCAGCAGCAACAACAGCAACAGCAGCAAAUGUACCCGAUGAUGACACACGGCGGCUCCUCUGUGCCGAUGAACGGUGCUCUUGGGGGGUCUGGUGGUCCGGGCUCAAUAUUUGGCGGGCCUCUUCAGCCUGAUAACCGUGCUGUCCAACCGCCUCCACCUUAUGGUACUGCCAUGGGUCCAGGCCAUGGCGGUCCUCCGGGACCGAAUGGUGCUGGCGGUCCUCCUGGUCCAUCCGGUCCCGGCGGACCAGGUGGUGUGACACAAGGACAGCAGCCUAUUCUGAAUGACGCGCUCAGCUAUCUCGACCAAGUCAAGGUUCAGUUCCAUGAACAACCGGAUGUUUACAACCGCUUCCUCGACAUCAUGAAGGACUUCAAAAGCCAGACAAUCGACACUCCGGGCGUCAUUAGUCGUGUGUCCGAUCUUUUCGCAGGCCAUCCCAACUUGAUCCAAGGGUUCAACACCUUUCUGCCGCCGGGGUAUCGUAUCGAGUGCGGCCUCGAGAACAAUCCAAACAGCAUCCGGGUGACAACGCCAUCUGGCUCGACCAUCCACUCCAUCGGGGGAAGCAGAAACCUGCCUCCCGAAGCCCACGCGCCUCAACCUGGGCUGGGCAACAUGUUUAUGGGCAUGGGUGGCCGGCCCUGGCCGCCGCAGCAGCAGCAGCAGCAGGUGCAACACAGCGUCGAGGGUCCCGAGGGCCAAUUUGGCGGCCAGCCACAGAACAUCCCACCGCCCGGUGUUCCUCCUUACGGCCAUGCUGGCACUGCUGGAAUGUACGACAACAUGCCGCGAGGCAGCCAUGCUGGUGUUCCUGGCGGGCCGGGGAUGGCCAUGGGAAUGGCAGUCCAUAACUCUGCGGCGCCACGAAACGCACACACGCCGGCUCCUGGGGCUGGCGCAAACGGCGCUGCGGCUCAGCAGCCUGGUGGCGAGAAGCGCGGGCCGGUGGAGUUCAACCACGCCAUCAGCUACGUGAAUAAGAUCAAGAACCGGUUCCAGGACAAGCCGGAAAUCUAUAAGCAAUUUCUGGAGAUCCUGCAAACCUACCAGCGCGAACAGAAGCCGAUCCAGGAGGUUUACGCCCAAGUCACGACACUCUUCAGCGGUGCGCCGGACCUGCUUGAAGACUUCAAGCAGUUUCUUCCCGAGUCGGCAGCUCACGCACGUCCGGUCGGCAACCGUCCGGGCGAGGAGGCGAACGGGGCCGGCAACGCUGUGCAAACCACGCCGCCCAGCCAGAACGCAGACGGGCCAAAGAUGCCGCCGGUGGGGAACUUUGCGCCGCCUUCGAGCACAGCCAAGGAGAGCAAGAAACGGCCGCGGCAGGAGAAGCCGCAGGCACCGAUGCCGGCGCCUGCUCCCGUGGACCUGACGACGGCGACAUCUUCGGUUCGUGGGUUGCCGCCAGCUGCGGCCAACAAGCGGGCCAAGCUCUCGCACAAGCCGUCUGUUGAUGCAGCCGUGUCCAGCACAGAGCCGACGCUGACGCCGGUGGUCCCAGAGCCACUGGCGCCGACUGGGACGAUUCAAGACAUGCAAGAGGGCCUGAGCUUCUUUGAGCGUGUCAAGAAGUACCUGCCGAACCGCACGACGAUGAACGAGUUCCUCAAGCUCAUCAACCUGUACCGGCAGGGCCUGAUUGAGUUGAACGUGCUGGUGGCCAAGAGCCACGUGUUUAUUGGUGGCAACCCGGAGCUCUUCGGCUGGUUCAAGAACCACCUCGGAUACACGGGCGAGGACGAGAUCAUUGAGAACCGUCCGGCGCCUCCGAGCGGGCGGGUGUCGCUCAGCAACUGUCGCGGCUACGGUCCCAGCUACCGCCUUCUCCCGAGACGGGAGCGGUUAAAGCGCUGCAGCGGUCGCGAUGAGCUCUGCAACUCAGUCCUCAACGACGAGUGGGCAUCCCACCCUACGUGGGCGUCGGAAGAUUCCGGGUUCGUUGCCCAUCGCAAGAACGGAUACGAGGAAGGAUUGCACCGCAUCGACGAGGAGCGUCACGACUACGACUUUUACAUUGAGGCAAACCAGAAGUUCAUACAGCUUCUGGAGCCGCUGGCACAGCAGAUGCUCACGCUCUCGCCGUCGGAGCGGGAGAACUUCCGGAUGCCUCCCGGACUUGGUGGGCAGAGCACAUCGAUCUACAAGCGGGUGCUGAAGAAGGUGUAUGGUCCCGACCGCGGCAUCGAGGUGGCCAACGACAUGUUCAGCCACCCGUUUGCGGCAGUGCCGGUGAUCAUGGCGCGGCUCAAGCAAAAAGACGAAGAGUGGCGGUUCUCGCAGCGGGAGUGGGAGAAGGUGUGGAUGGCGCAGACGGAGGCGAUGUACCUCAAGAGUCUGGACCACAUGGGGAUCCAGGUCAAGUCGAACGACAAGCGCAACCUGUCGGCGAAGCACCUGGUGGACCUGAUCAAGACGAAGCGCGAAGAGCAGCGGCGGGCGGCGGCACUGGGCUCCAAGAUGCCGGUAUACCAAUUUCUCUGGGACUUCUCGGACCGCGAGGUGGUGCUGGACCUGCUGCGGUUCAUGGUGCUGUACGUGCUGCAAAGCGGACAGCACGGGGCAGCCGAGAAGGAGCGAAUCACGGAGUUCUUCGAGACGUUUGUGCCGCAGUUCUUCGACCUGCCAGAGGAGGUGGUGCAGCAACGACUCAGCGACAUCGACCGGGACUCGGGCGACGAGGAUGGCGACAGCGGACUGCCAGCAGAGCUGACCAACGGACGCAGCCGACGGACGACGAAGAAGUCGGACUUGCUGCGCGGCGUGCUGGACCCAGGACGGAACGGGUCGCGACAGUCGCGCAACCACAAGGAGGGCAGUGCGGCGUCGGGAUCCAAGGAAUCGACACCGGACGUGCACUCGGCAAACGAGGAGGAGAUGCCGGACGCACCGACGGUGGCCGAAGAAGGGUCAUCGCUAGAGCUGUCGAACGAGCGGUGGCUACCGGCGGCGCCAGGGCCGACAGUAGUUUCGGGGGCGAAUCCGUUGGCGGAAAGUGAACGGGAGCUCAAGGCGGACGGACUCUUCCGGCGACAGUGGUACAACUUCUUCUGCAACCAGACGGUGUUUGUCUUCUUCAGCGUCUUCCACCAGCUGUACGAGCGGCUCAAGGCGGUGAAGGAGAGCCGAGAGAGCGUGCUGGAGGAGCAGCAGCGGGAGACGGCCGAGAAGCCGGGCCGGGCGCUGGGGAUGAUGUCGGAGCCGAUGCGAUACUUUGACGGGGCCGUUGGCGAGGCGUUCUGGCCGCGGACGGUGGAGCUGAUCGAAGACUUUCUGACGGGCGAGAUCGAGGAGAACCGCUACUUUGACGUGCUGCGGCAUUAUUACCUGCGCAAGGGCUGGAAGCUAUACACGAUCCAGGAUCUACUCAAGACGUUGUGUCGGCAAGCGCUGGUGUGCAGCGGGUCAGACUCGCGCGAGAAGACGCUGGAGCUGGUGCAGCAGUUUCUGGUCAGCCGGCAACUGGACGAGACGUCGUACCAGACCGAGAUCAGUGCGCGCAAGUUUGCCGAGAAGUGCAUCAAGGACGGCGAGAUGUUCCAGAUUACCUGGUAUCCGGCCAAGAACGAGACGACGGUGCGUUGGCUGCAGCGUGACGAGCCGACCUUUAACGUGGACGAGAUGGCGCUGCGGGAGCGCUGGCAGUACUACAUCUCGUCGUACAUGCGGAUCGAGCCGACCGAAGGCGUGCAUAGGGCGCGGCUGCAGAAGUCGGUGCUGGCCCGCAAUCUGCCGGUGGCGAGCGAUGCGGACUCGGACAGCGGUGACGGCCGGAAGGCGCUGGCCUUUCACGAGGGUCUGGUGCUGCGCAUCUGUUUGAACUCAUACACGAUUGUGUACGAGAAGGGCACGUCCGAGUACUUUAUCUACAACCACCAGGCGGCAGUCGAGGAGGCCGUGGAGGACGAGGACAAAGACGGACGCGAAGACAUGGACAACGAGCUCGACAACGAAGAUUUGACUGAAAAGGAAAACGAAAGCGAAAAGGACAAGCCGUCCGGCCAGCCGAGUCGACGUCGGCGGGCAGAGCAAGCCCGUCGAGACUUGGCGCGCCGACGACGCGACUGGCGCGAGCAGCAAUUCCGCGAGAAAUUUGUCAUCAACAACGCCUGGAUGAAGGACCGGACCCAAGACGAGGUCCAGCAGCGCAAGGACGCGUUUGCGCGCUGGGUCGCCGACGGCACGUCGCCCGACGCUGUCCGGACUUCGGCUGCCGCUGCCGGUGUCGUCGUCGGCAGCAACACCGAAAACGAUGGGGCUUCCUUGGUCGCCGCAGCCGCUGCAGCCGCCGCAGCAGAGACAGCAUCAGCCGAGGCUGAGGCAAAAGCCCAAGCACAAGCAGCUGCGGCUGCGAUUUCCGCUUCGGCUGAAGCCCUGGUUUCGGCUGCCGCCUCGGCUACUAUCGGCCCAGACGGCCCAGACGGCCUAGACGGCGGCCCUGGCGAGGACGCGCAGACCAGGGCAACCUCGCAGCAGGCUGCCGAAUAG